AUCAAUUUUUUGUUCCCCCCCCCCCCCCAUCGUUGCAUCUCCUAUUCAGAAUUUCCUUGAUCAGUUUUCUGUUCUCCCCUCCCCCAUCAUUACAUUGCAUCUCCUAUUCAGAAUUUCCUUGCACUAGUCUCUGUUCUCAUUCCCCCACUUUACCCAUUGCAUUGCAUCUCCCAUUCAGGGUUUCUUUGCAGUUUUCUGUUCUCUCCCCCAUCCCCUUGCAUCUCCAAUUCAGGAUUUCCUGGCACUAUUCUUCGUUCUCUUUCCCCCUCUUUACCAUUGCACCGCAUCUCAUAUUCAGGAUUUCCUUGCACAAUUUGCUGUCCCCCCCCCAUCAAUGCAUUGCGUCUCCCAUUCAGAAUUUCUUUCCAGUUUUCUGUUCUGUCUCCCCCAUCCCGUUGCAUCUCCUAUUCAGAAUUUCCUGGCACAAUUUUCUGUUCUGUCUCCCCCAUCUCAUCCUGUUGCAUCUCCUAUUCAGAAUUUCCUGGCACAAUUGAGUAUUCUCCCCCCCCCAUCCUAUUGCAUUUCCUAUUCAUACUUUCCUUGCAUAAUUCUCUGAUCUCCAUCCCAAUCCCAUUGAAUUGCACCCUAUCCCAUCCCCUGAUCCCUUAAUUCUGACAGCCGCACAACACUUUCAUACCCCCCCUUUCUUGCCCAUCCCACUCAUUUUCUCUCUCUCCCCACCCCCUCCCAUCGUUUCUUGCAGCUGGAUCCUAAUCCUGUUUAGUCAGAGAAGUAAAAUUGCACGCCUUGCAAUGGGGCUUCCUUCCAAGCCAGCCGGCUUAGCCUCCCUCUCUUCAAAUCCUCUCCCCACUCUGCUCUCUGACUCAGACAAAUCCUUCUUUUCCUAUUUUCUUUCUCCUUCUCCCUCCUUAUAGUUCACCCCCCCUUUAAUUCCCCCUUUUAAAUAAAGGUUCUCCACCAGCUCCUUCUCUUCCCUUUAUUGGGUCUUAACUCCCUCCCCCUUGUUAAAAAUUCUCCUCCUCCCCUACUAUGACAUCUUCCUUCCUCCACUUCCCCUUCUCCCCCCCACCAACCUCUUACUUCCUCAACCCAGCCCACUGCUGUCCGUCUCCUUCCUCCUCCAGCUGUGCGCUACAUCCAGUCUGCCUUUGUGUCUGAUGGGGAACGUACUGCUCCAGCUGCUCCAUGGGAUGACACCUCUUUUGGGUACCCUUUUUGGGGAGGAUGCCCUCAAAAUGUCUCUUCUGGUGAGCAGCAGAUCCAUCACCGAAGUGCCUAACAGAAGCUUUCUUUGGUGAGGACCAAGACAUUUGCCGUCAAUAGUCCUGGGACUUUUUGAGAAGCCACCCACGUCAAAAAUGGCAGAAAAUAAGGAAAGGAAUACUAAGAAUACAGACGUGAGACCAAAAACCAGCCGGAGCAGAAGCGCAGACAGGAAGGAUGGCUAUGUAUGGAGCAGGAAAAAGCUUUCCUGGUCCAAAAAGAGUGACAGCGGUUCCGAUGCUGAAACAGCAAGUACUUCAGGGAAAUCUACUUUUAGUUUGAGGAACCAGGAGCGGAAACACAGCUGUUCCUCGACGGAGCUGGACGUGGAACGGUCGUGCGGCCACAGGCUCUUAGGCCGGUCCCUGAAACAGAAACUGCAAGAUGCCGUGGGCCAGUGUUUCCCUAUCAAGAACUGUAGCAGCCGGCAUUCUUCGGUGCUUCCGUCCAAGAGGAAAAUCCAUAUCAGCGAGCUUAUGCUGGACAAGUGUCCCUUCCCGCCACGGUCCGAGCUGGCUUUCCGUUGGCAUUUGAUCAAGCGGCACACUGCCCCCAUAAAACAAAAAUCGGAAAGCUGGCUCAGCGUGGCGUCUUCCCACAGUGAAGGGAAGGACGGGGAGGCUGAGAACGCAGAUGGAGGCGGGUCGGCGGUCCUGCAGCCGUGCGAUUUCAGCGACGGCGCUUCCUGCAGUUGCGGCCCCCAGGGCGAACCCGCCGCAGGUAGGCCAGCGAAGAACAGAGAAGAGAGCGACAUGGACUCUGAUGACGAAGCGGUGACGCUUUGCACCAGCUCCAGGAAGAGAAACAAACCACGGUGGGACCCCGACGACGAGCUGCUGCAACUGGAGUCGCCUCCUAAAUAUCACACCCAGAUCGACUACAUCCACUGCCUCGUCCCUGACCUCCUCCGGAUCAACAACAACCCGUGCUACUGGGGAGUGAUGGAUAAGUACGCCGCAGAAGCACUCCUGGACGGAAAGCCGGAAGGGACUUUUUUGCUACGAGACUCUGCUCAGGAAGAUUACUUGUUCUCCGUGAGCUUCAGGCGUUACAGUCGCUCCCUGCACGCCAGGAUCGAGCAGUGGAAUCACAACUUCAGCUUCGAUGCCCACGACCCCUGCGUCUUCCAUUCCCCUGACAUCACCGGGCUCUUGGAACAUUACAAAGACCCCAGCUCCUGUAUGUUUUUUGAACCGCUGCUCUCGACCCCCUUAAACAGGACUUUCCCCUUUUCUCUUCAACAUAUAUGCAGGACUGUGAUUUGUAACCAUACGACAUACGACGGGAUAGAUGCCCUUCCGGUCCCUCCGUCUGUGAAGUUGUAUCUGAAGGAAUAUCACUAUAAGUCGAAAGUCAGAGUCCUCAGGAUCGAUGUACCAGAGCAACAAACCUAAAAAAUUAGUUUGAAGGGUUUUUUUCUUGUUUUGUUUCUGUUCAUUAGAGCAUUGGAAAGUUAGAGGGUCUGUCUUUCUCACUACCAUUUUUUAUUCUGGAAAAAUAUUUAUCUUCCAUACAGAUCUCCACCCCGGUCUUAUGAUCAAAAUGGGUUUCUAUUCCCCUGCCCCACCAGGCAGAUCAUUAGCGAAGACACAAAGAAAUCUGCGGAUUUAUUGAUAAUAAUACCUUGCAGGGGGUUAUGGAAUUUCAAGUAGGUUUUUUAAAACUUUUCUCUCAAGGCUAAUCUUUUAGAUUUUAAGCUAAAAUCCAAAACGGAAUUUGUCUUUUAUAUACUGUGAUUUAUAAUACGGUACAGGCAUGUUUGGAACACUGUAUGCAACGGCUACACAAGAG